AGACUCGACUCGAAAAUACUAUCUCACACCUGCAAUUUGUCUCCAAAAAGAAAAAAAGAAGGCCGAAAUGGGUUUCGUAUUCAAAUUUCUCUUGACAGCCUUCUUUAUCGGGGAAGCAAUUUACCUUAUAUCGAACUGGGCAGCGGCAAGGGCGGAGAGAAAGUAGUGUGGCCUGAGAUGUUAGGUGGUGUGAUGUUAAUGUUUACUUGCUAUCGCGUUAAUCGAAAAGAUUAGAGGGGA